AUGAGUCGCAAUCAAUUUCGGAAGGGUGGUCGUAAGCGGGGGCGUAAGGAGGACAAUUGGGCGGCCGAUGCGCGUGAUCUUUCCACUUUGACAAACGAUGCGUUUAUUAGUUAUUACAAGGGGAACGUUGUGGAAGAAGCGGAGUGGGAAGUGUUCAUGGAGGCCCUUCGCCGUGCACUACCCGUGGCUCUUCGUGUACAUCCAUCCGUUUCAAGUGCAGAGGCCGUUCUUGAGUAUCUGAAGUCCCGUCUGAGUAGUGUUUUGCCAAUAACUACCAUCCCUUUUAUUACUGAUGGUGCCGCACUGCAGUGUCCCAUCUCUCGUGGGGACCUUAAACGUUCUGUGGAACUGAGGGAAUUAAAGAAGGUUAUUGCUGCAAUGAAUGAGGGUGGUUACCUCACACGUCAAGAGACAGUAAGUAUGCUGCCUCCAGUGUUACUGCAAGUUCGUCCAGGCCACCGUGUGCUAGACAUGUGCGCAGCGCCAGGAAGUAAGACUUCACAGAUUCUGGAAGCUCUUAUUCCCUCUAUGGAGGAUGGUGUGGUGGUGGCAAAUGACAUUAACACCUCGCGGCUUGAUGUUCUUCUUCAUCAGACGAACCGUUCAGC